AUGAUAAACGAACACGAAGCAGCAAUCGUAAGGACCACUGCCGAAGUCAUAACGGCUACUUUCACAACAAUGAGCGUUGCCAAACCCACGCCUGUACAAAUACCUGCGGCUCCCUAUACUCUAUUCGCCGUAGAACAAAACCCAAACGCGUUUAGCGCAAUACUUAAACUCUCUGAUCCUUCAGCCUCCUCAAACUUUACCCAAGAUAUAUCAAUAUCACCUCUUUCUCUAACUGUUUCUUACGAAACACCCUAUCGCGUUCGAGUAUGUAUCUCUGAUCGCGAGGAAAAACGGUGGCGGGUUCCUCAGUCUGUCGUGGAGGUGGACGGACCUCACGAUAAUAAUAAAGAGUUUCGAUACAAGUUUAAAUAUAACGUACAUGAGGGCGAAACAUUCGCGGGAUUUUCUGUUAGCAGACAGAAGCCUCGUGAAGUUCUCGUAAAGAAGACAAACCACGAGUCUGACAGCUGCAGUGGGAAGGCACUCUUCGACUGCAUAAAUGAGAAAUUUGUAUUCAAAGACCAGUACAUCGAAAUCACGACUAAACUUGGAAAAGAUAGUAACAUCUAUGGACUUGGAGAAAUUGUUGGCCCAUUAAAGAAAAAGGCUGGCGAUCGUCUUACCUUUUGGGCUAGAGAUGCCCAGAAUCCAGUGGGAGAGAAUAUUUACGGAUCACAUCCGUUUUACAUAGAAUUGAGGGACGGGAUGGCACACGGUGUU